UUUGUGUUGCUUGUCGUGCCUUAACUCUGUCUUUCUCAAAGGAAACCACCUGACGAGACCCUUAAGAAAGGUCGAAACCGGUCGUGGUAUCUUCUUUUGAUUCUUUCAGAAAUGAAUUCUGUCUGAGACUCUAGUAACAGAAAUAGCGGUUGUAAAAUUACUAAAUAUAAUAAUUUAAGUCGAGUUUCACAUUAAUAUAGAAAAAUAUUAUAUUUAUCUCUUUUAGGAAUUAUCAAUCCCAACCGAUAAACGUCCAUUUAUAUUAGCCACAGCGCUGCAUCAAGGUUACACCGUAGAACGCCUUUGGGAGUUAACAAAAAUUGAUCGAUGGUUUCUAUAUAAAUUUUCUCAUAUAAUUCAAUUUAUAAUUGAACGUAUGGAGAAAUCAUCAGCAUCUAUAUUAGAGAAUCGUGAUUUUUUAUUAGAUGCAAAACGCUUAGGUUUUUCUGAUAAACAAAUUGGAUAUUAUUGUAACGAUACGGAGGUUGAUGUACGUUCUUCACGAGAAAAAUAUAAUAUUCAUCAAUAUGUAAAACAAAUCGAUACAGUAGCCGGUGAAUUUCCAGCACAAACCAAUUACUUAUAUUUGACAUAUCAUGGUAGCGAAAAUGAUGUACAACCAAGUAGUUUAAAUCAAAAUAAACCAACCAUUGUUCUUGGUUCUGGUGUCUAUCGAAUCGGGUAG